AAGCAACAAUCACGAAAGAGGCCAACAGAAGAGUACAGCCGCGAAGAGUGGAAUGAAAAAAAAUCCAUGACGAUCGCUAAAAGUACUGUUAGAAAAGCGAAAAUGCAUUCAAAACCUUUGCCAUGAUUUUUUUGAAGCCUUUGAAACUUCAAAGUAAGCAAUGGCCUUCAACUUGUCGCGUUUAGAGGACAGCUGGUGUAUUUUCUUGGCCGAUUUUAAUGUCACCGACAGCAUCUCAGGUUACUAUACAGUAACUCUUACGGUCUGUGUUGUCACCUCGCUUCUGGCACCGAUUACAGUGAUAGGAAAUGCGUUUAUUUUGGUGGCAAUCUGGAAGAACCCGUCUCUCAGGACUCCAUCUUAUGUUCUUCUAGCUGGUUUGUCCUUCACAGACUUUUGCAGUGGGUUACUAACUCAACCAUUUUAUGUUGUGUACAAACUGGCGGAAUUAGCAGGCUGGAGAAAACUGAUCUGCAUUGCUGGUCUUAUAGCACAAAUCGCUGGAUACUAUUUUUCCUCCCUAACGGUCAUCGCCUUGACAAUAACAGCCGUAGAAAGAUGGCUGCAUAUGAGUCGAAGAUCUCUUCUUACGGUGCGUCGAGUCGUUAUGCUUUAUGUCACAUUUGUACUUUUUUUAAUUGUGUUUUUCGCUAGUCUUAUGUACUAUUGGUAUCAUUCAACCGAAUUCUUGAAACUCUUUAUUACUGUUUUCGUUUUCGGUGCAGCUCUUUGUUUCUUUAUCACUGUCUUCGCUUACUUCAAAGUUUUUCGAAUCAUACGUCACCAUCAAAGUCAAAUACAAACAAAUCAAAACGCCAUUGACAUCGGAAAAUACAAAAAGUCUGUAUUUACAAUUCUGUGUAUUCUUACAUUAUUUUUACUGAGUUACGUUCCCCACGUGUGUGGCCUUCUAGCAGUUAAUAUUAUGGGUUAUUUCGGAAUUACAUUAUCGCCGAGAGCAGCCAUGCCAGCUUUCACCGCCAUUGUGUUUUCUGCGUCGUUUUUCAAUCCAUUGCUUUAUUACUGGAGGAUAAAGGAAAUCAGAGACAGCGUAAGAAGGAUCUUAAGGAACGUCUGUUGUAAAGAAACCGAAGAGGAAUAAUACUAAUUUCAACAUUGAAACAUUUGUUUGCUGCUUUUAAGUGUUUGAAGAAUAAUAAGCAUUUAAUUCCUCAUUGUAAUGCGGACCACACUGUCAGGAGAAUUCAGCUAAUGAUCACCAAGGGACAUGGUAUUUAGUAAUCUGUGGAAGCGCGGUCUUUGACAGCUAAUUUAGGGAAUAGAAAUCCGGAUUCCUAAAAUACCAUCUCCAAAUUGUACUAUUAGAUGAAUGAAGAUCUUUCCUUUUGAGUAAGGGAACUUAGUGAUUAGCUGUAUGUUAUCUUUUUUAUAUUGAUAUUUCUCGUACUAUUUGUUUUGUUAAAAAAAAAACUAAAUAAGGAGUAUGAAUAGUGGACAUUUAGAUAUUUAGAGUUAUCAAUCAACGGUUUUAUUCUCUUUAUUUGCUACCAGGGCAUUCUACUGUUUAAGUGAUUCAGGUUCCAUCGGAAUAUUUAUCUUUGAUUGCAAGUAAAUAAACUUUUAACUGGAUAAGCUGUUUCCUUUGUUUUAGAACAACAAACCUGGCAACUGUUUCUUUCCAAGUUAUUGAUUUACAAGGUUGUAUUGAACUGCUAUGACAGAAAAUUGUAGAAGUAUUUGAUGUUAUCUGUGUUAUACGAUUUUCGGUUUAGUGAGGUUAAAUUUCCGUUACAAACGAGUUCCUUUGGUAUGCUGACCAUAUUGAAUUACAGAAACUAAUAAAGGCUACAACUUCGUGAAUCAGGGAAGCAAAAAUACAUCGGCAUUCAAACAGCCAGUUCCACCGCAGAAUUCUUCUGGGAUCGUCAUGGGUCCGAAGGAGCCAACUUGAACUUUGAAAUGCAUGUUUCUAGUUCAGGCUGGUUAACUUUUCUUUCCGUUCUACUUUCCAAGUAGAAAUGUCCGAGCUCUGUUUUCCACUAAAUUUUGCUGUUCAAAUUUCCCAGCCAGCAGUUUAAUUUACACGCACUACACAAACUUUGGGGUGCAGUUCCAGUGCCAUCUUUAAACCUUCAGUCGCGAGGGGUGUGUGUGGAGGAGGAGGGAAGUGGGAGGUGGGAGGCGACAGUUUCCGGCAAGAGUUAGAUUGAUAAGUUCGAGGCUCCCCGGUUUUCCCAGCCAGCAAGAACGCGGUUGAGGAACCGGAAGUUAAAGGAAUAGAUAAGUUGUAUGAGCACAACACUUGAAGGGCUCAAUGUCUUGAGAUACAAGCCUUCUAAGUGGACUCCUGGGAUAUCUUAAGGAAAGGAGGUUUAUGUAGUACG